AUGUGGACCAUAAAUGACUUCCCUGCGUACGGUAACAUGUCAGGGUGGAGUACAAAGGGUUACUUGGCUUGCCCUAAUUGUAACAAUAAUGCAUCGUCUCAGGGAUUACGAAGUAAAAUAGGGUAUAUGGGUGCUCGUCGCCACUUGCCUAAGAACCACACUUGGCGAACAAGUAAGCUCUUUAAUGAUCAAACGGAGCAUAGGUCCAAACCUUUGGAGUUAUCGGGGGACCAAAUACUAGAGCAAAUUGAUUCUGGGACUUACAAGCCGUAUGGAAAGCACCCACAAAAUCGAAAACGACAAAGGAAUGAACAUCAAAAUUUGAAUUGGAGCAAGAGAAGCAUUAUGUUUGACUUGCCCUAUUGGAAGACGUUGAAGCUUCGACACAACCUUGAUGUCAUGCAUAUUGAGAAGAACAUAUGUGACAAUGUCAUUGGGACACUUUUGAGCGUAGAUGAAAAGAACAAGGACACGGACAAAGCACGCUUAGAUUUGGAGGACAUGAAAAUACCAAAUAUCUCCAAUUGCGUAAACGCUCAAGCUGGAAAAUUAUCUGGCCUCAAAAGUCAUGACAGUCAUGUCCUUAUACAACGACUUCUUCCAAUUGGGAUGCGUGGCUACCUUAAUAAGGAAAUUGGAACAACACUUUUUGAGUUGGGAAAUUUCUUCAAACAAUUGUGUUCAAAGACAUUGAGGCGUUCAGAUUUGCAUAAAUUGGAUGAACAAAUCGUACUCAUACUUUGUAAGCUUGAGAUGCUUUUCCCACCAGCUUUUUUCGAUGUCAUGGUCCACUUGGCAAUUCACUUGCCUCGAGAGGCUAUGCUUGGAGGCCCAGUGCAAUAUCGAUGGAUGUACCCAAUUGAGAGGUUGCUUGGCCGUCUAAAAGGGUUUGUGGCCAACAAAGCUCAUCCUGAAGGUUCUAUUGCCGAGGCUUACAUUUCCAAAGAAUGUACAACAUUUUGUUCAAUGUAUUUGGAUGGAGUUGAAACAUUGUUUAACCACCCAGAAAGGAAUUAUGACAUGGGUGACCGUGGCCUAGGGUUGGCGGUAUUCACUCAAACUGGAGCACAAGAACUUGUUACACCAAAAGCCGGUGCGUUCGACAUCGAAAACAGACAUCGGAAAGAAUUUCCUAAAUGGUUCAAAGAUCAUAUGAAUGAAUUGCGGAGCCAACAUUCCCCCGAAGCAACUGAUGAUAUGUGGUCAUUAGCCAAUGGUCCUAGUGGCUUAGCGAACACAUAUUCAGGAUGUAUUUGUAAUGGUGUCCGUUAUCAUACUAUCGACCGUGACAACCGUCGAAAAAGUCAGAAUAGUGGAUUAGUCAUGGAAGGGGAGCAUGAAGGGCAAUUGAUACACUUCUAUGGACACUUGUGCAGAGUGUGGGAACUGAACUAUUUGUUCACACGUCGGAUUGUAUUGUUCCAAUGUGAAUGGUUUAACAGCGGUAGUAGUAGAACUAUGCGUGUAGAGCCACAUUUCACAACAGUUGAUGUAACAAGUCGAUGGUACAAAGAUGACUCAUUUGUAUUACCAAGUCAAGUUGAACAAGUAUUCUAUGUUAAUGACACCAAAUUAGGUACCAGUUGGAGAGUCGUUGAAAAGUUUCAACAUCGAGGAAUUUGGGAUGUGCCGGAGAUGGAUGUCGUACAACCUGAUGAUGUGUUCCAACAAGAAGAAACCACCGAGGUCGUACCUACUAUGGCUAUUGAUGAUGAUGUGGAUUUGCGUCGAGAUGAUAUUGAAUCUGAAAUUAUUCCCAUGGAAGUUUUGCAAUCUGUCAGAGGGGUAGAAGCCAAGGGUGUUACAGAUGAUGCCUUCAUCUGUGAUGAUGAAGAUGGAUUAAUGAGGGAGGGUGACGACACAGACGAAGAAUAUGACCUACAAAGUGAUUUUGAUACAGAUGUUGAUGUAGAAUCUUGA